CUACGCCACUAAAUUGGCUGCCAGCACGAGAGCUUUUCCCCUAUGCCCGGCGCAUAUUAGCACUCGCCACCGCGGCUAAACAGCGCAGCUAAAAUAUUUUGGGUUUACUACUUUUCUCCCCGAGAAGGGGAAGCGCUCCCACCAGAAAAGCAAAAGUUUUCGCUCUUUUCUUCUCCCGCACCGUGCGCUGGCCGUCGGCGGUGUGUUGCCGGAACUUCUUAUGUACGAUUUAAAACAAACCGCAUCCGGUUGGUGGCAGAGCCAGAACCGUGUUCUGUCCCUGAACAGUCCUUGAGAUGAUUGUUAGAAAAUUUGUAUUGGUCUUCUACUCUUCUUUUGGGAUAUUUGAUUGGAAUUACUGCUUGAUCUGCUAAUGGAGUUCUAGAACUUUAGGUUCUUUUUUAUUUGGUAGUAGAUAAGGAAUUUUCUAUACAAAGGUUCUUUAGUACUGGAUAUUUUUGGGUUUCGAACUGAAGAAACCUAACACUAUUUCCCUUUUUUUUAUAUAUAAGGAGUAUUUGUUUUGUUUUGCGUUUAUUUCUUUCUUUAUGAGUGGCUCUGAUGGAGAAGAAAGAGACAGUGAAGACCGGAGAUGGAUUCAUAGAUAGGAGUGAUGUUAGGAUUUUGCUGUGUGAUAAUGAUUCUGAGAGCUCCCGGGAGGUUAUCACACUUUUGUGCAAAUGUUCUUAUCAAGUGACCUCAGUGAGGUCGCCCAGGCAGGUGGUUGAUGCAUUGAAUGCAGAAGGACCUGAUAUUGAUAUUAUUCUUUGUGAAGUUGACAUUCCCAUGCCCAAAGGGAUGAAGUUGUUGAAAUACAUUAUGAGGGAUAAAGAGUUGAGGCGAAUUCCAGUGAUCAUGAUGUCAUCUCAAGAUGAGGUCUCUGUUGUUGUUAAAUGCUUAAGAUUGGGAGCUGCCGAUUACCUUGUGAAGCCUCUUCGUACCAAUGAGCUUUUGAACUUGUGGACUCAUAUGUGGAGAAGACGGCGAAUGCUUGGACUAGUGGAGAAGAAUGUUAUAAAUUAUGACUUUGCUUUAGUAGUAUCAGACCCAAGUGAUGCUAACACAAACAGCACUACGCUCUUCUCUGAUGACACCAAUGGAAAGUCACGUAAAAGCAUUAAUCCAGAAACUGGUCCGUCAUCUGAGCAGGAUGAUGAGGCCAAUGCCACAACUGCUGCUUCACGGGAGACUGUAGUUGCAGGCUCAUUCAAGUGUCUGCCAGAUGUGGUAGGAACUAGCGACCAGAAUACAGGAAAAAUAUGUUCAUUUCCAAAGAAGAGUGAAUUGAAAAUCGGCGAAUCCUCUGCUUUCUUUACAUAUGUUAAGUCAAGCCGAAACCAAUGUGCCAUCCCCGAAGACACGUCCCGCCAUGAAAAUUUAAAUGUUGCAUUGGGUGGGAAUAAUGCUAAUAAAGAAACCACAGAUCAAGCCGUAGUUGUUGAUGGCGGUGAGGACUAUCCAAGGAGCAAUAACAACAGUAUGGAAAUGGAGGAAUUCCAUAAGGCACCGGUGAGCAUGCAUCAAACAAAUGAGACUCACAUUGACAUAUCUGGUAGUCUUCUUGGCCAUGCUGCUUAUCCACCACCACCACCACCAUAUUACAUUCCAGGAGUGGUGAAUCAUCCUGUUAUGAUGCCGGCUGGAAUGGGUCCAUUUACCUAUUACCCCAUGAACAUGUGUUUGCAGCCAUGGCCAUCAUCUGAUGGAGGCCAUCAUGGUAAAAUGGCCAAAACAAUAGACCGUAGAGAGGUUGCGUUGAUGAAGUUCAGGGAGAAGAGAAAGGCGCGUUGCUUUGACAAGAAGAUUCGGUAUGUGAACCGCAAGCGCCUUGCUGAUGGGAGGCCAAGGGUUAGGGGGCAGUUUGUUAGGAAGCGGAACGGGGUCCUUGUGGAUCUUAAUGGACACCCUCCUCCAUCUCCAGAUAUUGAUGAAGAUGUUGAUGAAGUUAUUGAUGUUGAUGAAGAUGAUGAUGAUGAUCCUGAUGAACAUUUUCAUGCAAAGAUCAAUUCACAUGAGUAAUGAACAAAGCUAUAAUCAUGUUUUCUGCAUCUAAGAUCCUACUAUGUAAAAGUGUGUAAAUCUAUUUUUUGUUUUUACAAAAGUGAAAGUCUACUAAAAUCGGAACAACGCUUGGGGUUUUCUAGAAAAACGGAAAAUUGGCAUAUGGUCAAAAUAGUGCAUUUGUUACCUCUAGUUUUUAAAAAUUAUGUUGGGUUUGUUAAGCGUUGAUCUCAAGUAUGCACUUUGGAGUACGACCUUACAAGUCUAUGAAUAUAUUGAAAGUGAAAGA